AUGAACAAAAUAGAGUUUGCUCUAGAUCAUUCUCUGCAAGCACGGCCCCACGUGUUGGAAGAAUACGAGGGAGCUGCUGCUGCUGCCCGGCGUGAACUGCUGGGGUCGCCAGGGGAGGAUGCGACCUGA